UCUCUCUGUUUCUCAGACACACAUACACAAAUUGACUAUGUUGGGGAUCCUAUUACAUCAGAUUUUUAAAAUAUGUUUAUGUUUUAAUUUUCUAUUAAUAUUUGAAAAGGCAAUUAAGCUUUUCCAAAUAUCUCACCCAUUAUUUAGUUAUUGUAAAUUUACGUUUUGUCUUUUCCCUUUCUUUUGUCUGCUACUCAGAGAGCAGUGGUCGAUCACAUGCAAAGAAAGCAUUUUCCUUUCCCUUUGUUCCGGUCAAUUUGGAUCAUUUGCAAUAGCACCCCACCACCAUCAUCAACAGGCACACAGGCAUCACCCUCUCCCUCCCUUUUCCCUUCUCUCACUCUCUCUCUCUCUCUUUCACACACACACUCCCCAUCUCUUUACUUUGCAGCAAAAUGGUGCAUAAUGGGAGCAGGAAGAGGGUUGAAAAGACAAUGGAGUAAAUUAGCAAUAUUUCUUAAUGGGGGAACACUCCACAAGACCAUGAACAUCACAGACGUAUAUUGCUUUUGUCUGGAAUCACUGCAAGCUCAAACUGAACUAGCCUCACCUAAAACCUAAUAAAAUUCUGUCGCCAUUUACUCACUUUCAUGUCCUUCCAAUCCUGUAUGACUUUAUAUUUUUCUGUGGAACGUAAAAGAAGAUAUUUUGAAGAAUGCUGGUAUCCAAACAUUUAGGUUUUCACUGACAUUGGUUUCUGUUGUAUUUUUUGUCCAUAUGAAAUCACUGAUCAUUGGUCACCAAUAUAGCUAAGUCUGGGUACUGCCAUAUUUAAAUUAUGACAGGAAUGAAAACGAGGCUGCGGGAUAUCGAAGUACUACAGCAUGCGUUCAAUGCUUGAACCAUUGUUUAACAAAAUACCUAUUGUGCAGCUGCUGAAACAUAGACAAAAAACCCUUAAAACUGUUUUUAAAGUUGUGAGUUGGUGAAAAUGAUGUGAUCUAUUACAUUUACGCAGUGCGUACAAUUGUAUUAGUCUUUCCCUCACAGCCUUGUUUUCAUCUAAAUUCAGCGUGUCAUCUAAUCUGACUAGAUUCUUUCAAAUAUAUUUUAUGUUCCAUGUAAAAAAAGAAAGUCAUGCAGGUUUGAAUUAGUAAAUUUUUUUGAGGACUAUCCCUUUAAGGAUCAUACACGCGCCUAUAUAGUCAUAUAGGCCACACUUUACAAUGAACUAGAGAAAUUUAGUUUUGCUAUUUGUUAAUAAAUGUUGAUAUAUAUGUUUAUUGUAACACAAGAAAUCACUAAGAUUACUAAAAUUAUGUGUAUUGCCAAAGUCCCUUUGUCAUUCCUGUCAAAUUUUCUGUGCCCAUCUGAUAAUUAUUUCGUCAUGAUGAUGUAAUCCUUGAUGUAAACAGAAUUUUCAAAAGUUGUUUAGUUUCAAACAGGUUGAGGAAUAAUAUAACAGGUCCUUGAAUAACAGAAAUGUUUACAAUGAUCGUUAAACUGUUGCUUUUCAGCUCUGUAAUUAACACAGUUUAUAAUUGCUAUCAGUGCUUUAUUGAUGUCGACGACAGUCUUCGUAUGUGCUGGGGCCACGUUCUCACCGACUACAAUAUAAGGAACGUAGACUCUUGUUUCAAAACACUCGAUCGCAUAUUCAACAAUGAAUCGAGAGUAAUUGAAGCAGGAAAAGUAGGGAGAGGCUAUGACUUGAUGCUGAAGAAUAUCUUGAUGGCUGAAAUUAUGCCUAUAGUGGAGGAAUUUGACCAGCAGAAAAAUUAUGAUACAGUUUAUGAGUCCAGGCUACAGGCAGCAGCAAACAAUUUCAUUGCUGCAGCCUCAAGGCUGCCCAGAGCAUCUGAAUGUUUCCCCCCAUGUGGUUUCCAGGUUCAAGGUGCUGUUUAUAACUGCGUGACCUGUCAGUACGACUCCUGUGAGUUCCCGCUGGAUUGCCCUGUGAAGGAAAUCAAAGUAAACGAGAACAACAGGACUCAGAUGUGGUGUAAGGUCCCUUUCCUGCUUCCCACAGAUGCAGAGAUAAUCUGGAGAUAUUCAGUGGAGAGAACGGUGUUGAUGGAUCGGUUUGAUGAGGUCACGGUUGGAGUGGACCCACUUUACUUCAUCCCCUCUGCCCGGCCAGAGCACUCAGGCACCUACCAGUGUGAAAUAUUCUCCCAGGAGCACUCACUCGUCCGUAUCUACUACUACCUCACCGUAGUCCCUUUGGCACAGAUAGGCCAUGCAGAACUACAGGGUGUCUUUGAACAGGCUCUCCUCCCAGGAGGCCGAUUCCCUCCCCUGUCCUCUACAGAUCCAUUUACCUUAUGGCUGCCCAGUCCUGCGCUUGUCACCACCUGUCUGACUGCAAUGCUUCUGCUGGUCUUCUUAAGUCUAGGGGCACUACAUUGGUUAUCUUAUCAGACUGGGAACAAUGAGUGUGAUCCAGCCCAGGAAACAAAACUCACAGAAAAGAAGAAAUAUUUGAUUCACUGCUAACAACAGAAAUGCAAUUAAAUAUUAAGGCACAACUUGUUUCCCCCGUAAGCAUUUAUUUCUAUUUGAUUUUGGACCAGAUUAUUAAAGACUAAUUGAAAUAGUAUUAUAUAGAUGUCAGCUUUUGAAAAUGAAGAAGAGAACAUGUGUGAGCCAGUGAAUCUGAGUUUAUGAGUGAGGCUCUGCCCACUACAUCAAGUUAUAAAGCCUCUUUUAUACUACUAAAUAUAGCCAGACGUGACUCAAGGCGUUUCUCCUUUUAAAGUCUUUACUCAAUGUUUUGCUGCUGUUGUCCCAACAACCCAUUACGAGGGAAAUACUUUAUUGUACAGGGGAUUGCAACUUUCUGUAAUCUUUGUUGUGACGAUGUGUAUUUUAGAGCUGCUACAUCUUUUUUUUUUUUCUUUUCCCAUAAAUUCCGAAUACAUUUAAAUAAGCAGGUUUUUAGGGAUGAACUUUGUUGAUCACUAUCAUCACCACUGGUCAUAUUUCUGCUUCUCGUCUCAUUUGGCACUUCUUUACCUCUACUUAUCUACCCUGAGAUAAGAUGAUGUCCGCCAACUCAGUGCUGAAGUCAUGACUGUUAAGAGAAACCACCCAAAAUAGCAGACUACACAAUGUCAAAGUGAAGUGGAAAGUAGUAAUUCAAAGGCGCAACCUGUGCCUGUGCCUCUGGAUUUUAAUGUGUGAAGAUUUCAUGUACAGAAAAAGUCUCAGUUGGACUGUAAUAAUUGGUACUUGUAUGUCAAACAAAUACAUUUAGACAGAAUUAUAUGAUAUAGAUAUAAAUAUUGUUUUACAAGACUUCUAUUGUUUUAUUCUUCCUUUUGAUGUAAUCAUUACAAAGUUCUGAAUGUGAAAAAAGGCAGAGUUUCCUUGAGAAAACAAACUAUCCUAACUAUCAGAUGUGACAUGGAAACUUAGUCAUGUCUUCAGAGACAGUAAUGAGGACUGUUCUUUCCAAAGUUAUUAAAAAAACUGUCAAAAUGUUUGAUGACUAUCAACAUGAAAUGACUGUAGAGACAGAAAUGUUUUUAAAACACUGCUGGAAUCCAGCAGAAUGUGCCUUUAAUUGGAUUUCAAUUGAAGUGAAAAAAAAAAAAAUCCAUGGGAACUGUCAGUCCUGUCAAAUCAAACAAUCUGCCAAACUGCAGGCAAAAAUA